GGGGGAACAUUGUGUAGGAGUUGGCGUCACUGACUAUUGCGUGUGCUUACUUUUCGUUUGCUGUUGGUGAGUUUGCAAUGGUUUGUAAUGUUUUGAAUAAUGUGUGAAAAUUAGCAAGUGAGUGUCAUGAAUUGUGUGCGUGGGAAUAGUAAACUAUUACGGGUGAUGAAGCAACUCAUAUAAGGAGAGAAUGUAAGUGCGAAGCGUUAGUGAUCAUUGCUUCUUUACCGCAACUUAUUCUUGAAUUAAGCUUAUUCAACAGUAGGAUUACAGCCGAAGGCGUGGUCGCGGAGGAGAUGGCGGACAGCUCAGGGAACGUGCUGUUCAACUACCGCACCCUGGUCCACGCAGUGGCCGGCGCAGCCGGAAGUGUGUUUGCGAUGGCGUCCUUCUUUCCGCUGGACACAGUUCGCUCCCGAUUGCAGUUGGAUGAGAACUGCGAGGCGAAGAACACUUUAUCCGUGAUGAGGGACUUGAUCACUGAAGAAGGAGUGGGCACCCUGUACCGCGGCGUGGUGCCGGUGCUGAAGACCCUCUGCACGUCCAACUUCGUGUACUUCUACACGUUCCACGGUCUGCGGGCGCUGCGCGGCCGCGCGGAGGACCAGAGCGCCCUCAGAGACCUGCUGCUGGCGUCCGUGGCAGGGGUCGUGAAUGUUUUGGUCACCACGCCACUGUGGGUCGUGAACACGAGGUUGAAGAUGAAGGGUUUGCAGAACUCGUCGGACAAGAGAGACUUGGAAUACUCUGGCCUCAUUGACGGGGUGCUGGCGGUGGGGCGCGAGGAGGGCCUGCGCGGCCUCUGGAGCGGCACGCUGCCGUCGCUCAUGCUGGUCUCCAACCCGGCCAUCCAGUUCAUGACCUACGAGACGCUGAAGCGCCGCCUGCACCGGGCGUAUGGACCUGAGGAGUUUGCUGGCGUGGUGUACUUCCUGGUGGGCGCCGUGGCCAAGGCCGUGGCCACCGCGCUCACCUACCCGCUGCAGCUGGUGCAGACCAGGCUGCGGCAUGGGCGAGACAAUGAAAAUGCACGUGUAAGGCCCACAAUGCUGCAGCUUCUCACAACCAUCAUGAGGCGGCACGGUGUCCAGGGACUCUUCAAGGGGAUGGAGGCAAAGAUCAUUCAGACGAUCCUGACCGCCGCGCUCAUGUUCGCCACCUACGAGAAGAUUGCCAACUUUGUGUUCAGGCUGUUGCUCAACAAUUCUGCCGCCAAGGCAUAGCGACUCACGUUCUGUGACUCGAUCUCACUUUCUUUUGGUCGUUCCAUAGGUUAUACUUGACCUGUCAAAAAUUCAAUUUUAAUUUCUUUUUUCUGCAUUUUCUUUCUAAGUAGUGUACGCACUUGAAAACGGCACUUGAAAACGGCACUUCACUUUCGUGACUCGACACAAGAUGUGAUGAUUUAUUGGCAUUUCUUGAUUGUGGUACAGGGCCAGUAUUUACACCAAAGAUGAACGAAAACUGUCAUCACAAGUCCUUGAUGAUUGUUGUGUAUAUUUAUAGCAAUUAACUUGUUAAAAAACCUUUAGAGUAGAUUCACCAAAGGUCACAAUUGAAUGUUGUUUUUUUUUUACAAAGAUGUACUUGUCAAAAUAUUGUUUUAGUAUUCAAAUACUAUGUCGUAGUACCUUAGCUUACACUUGAUGCCUUUUUUUAAUUUUAUUUAAAUGUAGAUUCGUCUGUAAUGUAUUAGGGCUGAAAAUAAUAGCUCUGUAUUGUCUUUUUUCACAAUAUGCAGUAAAAUCCAGAUGUUGAUCCCUCAGGGUUUCUUGGGACUAUGCCCCCAUACGUCAAAAUAUGCUAUUUAUUGAACUAAGUCUAUGAUGAAUAGUCUCUGGCAUGAAACUGACAAGUUUUCAAAAUGAAACGUACGUAUAUUUAUUUUAAUAACAGACAUCUCCUGAGAAGAAAAGUAUAAGAGGAAGGGUACUGCUUCCUGUCAAUUUUUAAAAGAUUUAUGAACCUUUCUUUCAUGUGUCACAAAGGGCUUAAAGGGGAAUUGAGAAGGGGUUUGCAUGAGUCACCUGCAAUACACUAAUCCCUCACUUAGCACGAUUAAUGCUUUCCUAAAAAGGUUUGUGUUAUUAUAAAUCACUUAUUCUGAAGUAUUAGUCUUCAUACAUAGCAAGGCUAAUUUACUUAGUGUUGCAAAAUGUGUAGGGAAAUAUUCUUUACUUAAUAUACAUAUAACGAUAAAUUCGUCACAACAUUUAUCUUUGUAAGCCUAUCAUUGUGUCCUUUGUAUGAUAAAUAUGACACAGCAUAACGAGAUAGGUGGUUAUGUACUUCAAAGUUAACGUGCUUAUUCGCGUAUCACCACUUGGUUCACACCAAUCCUGUAAGGCCGUGAUUUUUUUUUUUUUCCAUUACACCAUUCAGUUAACAACCUUUUGUAUGUGAAUCAUCUAUUCAUUUCUGUUUCGGUAUCUAAUUCAAAAAUAUUCCUGCUAGUACAACAAAUACCAUCAGACUUAUAUAAACGUUUUAUAGAGUCGUUAUUUACGAUACGUGCGCACAGUUAACUUGCUUAAAACUAAAGUGCAACCUUCAUACUAGCUUUCAUGACAUUCUGCUCGCCGUAAUACUCCUAGUUCUGUCUGAAAUACCUGAACUCGGCCCGGUCUGUGGCGGGGCGACAAAGGUACGGCCCGGCGGCAUACGCGCAGACGUAAAAAUAUUUGGUCCUUUACACCCAAUAGCCGCAACUGAACUUGCCAUAGCUGAUGUUUGUAAAACAGCCGAUAGUGUAGUCACGUGCGCUUUCAUCUCUUCUUCGCCCCUCGUAUAGCUGACUGUAUGCCACAGCACAUGUGUUGUUUACUCAGUUGAAGCAGACUUGAUGGCGUCAUGCCCGAUCUUUUUUUGCCCCGUGGCGAUUUCGUGCUAACUGAAAUUUACAGAGGUGCUAGUCAAGACUGGGCCAGUAAAAUUAACAUUGUGUCGUGCUAAAUGAAUUCGUGCAAUUUGAAGACGUGCUAAGUGAGGGAUUAGUGUAUAAGCCCCCUAAAAUGGUGUUUUCUUUAAGUCUAUGGUAUUUUAACCAGGAAAGGUUUAGCUAUUAAGCUUUCUGUGGUACUGGAAAAGUUAUAUUUACAGUUCUCGGUGCAGAUUAAUUUGCCGAGCAGCUGGUCUGACUCAUCUCUACUGCAAACUAAGGUUGAUACAUGCCAUAGUCGCCCACGACAUGUUGGAUCAUCAUCGACAUUGUAACUUUAUGUGUACCUUCAACUCACCUGCUGAUUUUAUACUUUAGAUGUUAUAAUUGUACUAACCAAAAUCAAAUAAACUUAAGUGGAACCUUGUUAUAACAUUUCUGAAGGGAUUUGAGAAAUUUUAAUUUUGUAACAGACAUGAAAAGUUCUGUGAUAAGUUAUAUUAUAGCAUGGUUCUACUGAAUAGUGAAUACCGA